AUGCCGAGCAUUGUAGACGGGGGUCUCAGUCAAGAAAAACUCACAGAGCUUAUAAGAACCAGAGCUAUUCCGGCAACAACCUUCUUAUGUUUUUCUCAUUUGCCUUUGGAACUUCGAUACAAGAUUUGGCGCCACUCUUUUCCACGACAACAUCUCAUUUUGAGCGAACACUCCUUCAUGAGACCCCUAUCGUCUCCCUUCCGACACAUGCCUUCAUCUUUAUUUCGUAGCCAUGUCAACCUCCCCAUGGCAUCUGCAACCCGAGAGAGCCGAGCUGAAACUUUGAAGCAUUAUUAUGCACUCUACCAAGAAAAUUACAGAGUUCCAAGAACAACGUCUUCUAGUGCUUUUCAGGUAGCGGUUUCCGGAUCCAAUGACUACUUGAGUGGUGCAACAGAUUUGCGAUUACCACGAGUAAUGUACUUCAACCCGAACAUCGACUGUCUCAUCCUAAUGUACUGGGAUGUUAAAGCUAUAUCUUCCGAUCUCCACGAUAUAUUUCCACCAUACAAUCAGGAAAUUGUGAGAUGUCUCGAGAGUAUUCGUGAGGUCAGGGUGUAUCUCGUAAAAUUGGGAAUCCCCGGGAUUGACUAUACAGGACUUAACUAUACGAUUGAUGUGGUUAGGCUGUUAAAUAUUAUUAAGCGUUUCAAGAAUCUUCAACGUAUUUACUUGAUCUUGCACAAGUACGCAAGAGUUCACAUUGACAACCAAUUACAUAGAGAAUUUACCAACAGGCUGAUCAAGAAGCAUUGGACUGGACAGGCGGAACUAGAAAUUGUAUGGGGAAAGGAGGACGAGGAUGGCGUAUAG